AUGGGCAUGAGCCGCAGCGGCUCUUCACUCACGACCUCGAUCAUCGCGGCAAUGCUCCGCAACGGCUCUCGCAGCGACGAGACCGCGUGGCGCGGCCUCGGGCGCGCCCUUCCCUCCGACAGCGCCAACCCGGGCGGCUACUACGAGCGAGAGGACGUGGUGAGGCUCAACUACGCCACCAUCAGCAGCGUGACUGGCGCAGGGCGAUGGCUCGCGCCCGUGUCCGCGAGCGACCAGGCGCGGGAGCUGCACAGCUUCCUGCACUGCGGCGAGGUCUCGGGCCUCGUCUCACCUCUCGACGCGCCGACGACGGAGCAGCGGCUCACGCCCGCGGCGCUCUGCCUGUGGCGGGAGCUGGAGAGCGGGCGUGCGCUCAAGGGACACUCCCAGCGGGAGACGCCCCUCGCCGCGCAGCUUUGCUACGGGAGUGGCGCUGGCCGCGGGCCGGCCGCGAGUCCGCUCAUCACCACCAGAAGUGGGUAA